AUGGGCAGCCGACCCUGCAGCCCCAGCGCCUACCCUGAGCUCUGCUGGGGACCGCCGCCCGGAGGACCCCGCCCUGCCAAGCGCCGCCGAACCGAGGAGCCCGCGGGCCUGGAAGGCCUGGAGGGGCCGCCCGCCGCCGCCGGCGCACUCACCUCGGUGGUGGUCCUGGCCACGGGCUGUGCCCUGCAGCUGCUCCUGGACGACGUGGAGCUGGUGCUCGAGCCCGAGCCAACGUCGGCCCUGCAAGUGACCCUCGGAGAGCUCACCCUCGUGCUGGUCCCCGAGGCCCUCCUCAGCUCGGGAGGGCAGGGCCACUCGCCCGCCGGCCUAGAACAGGGCGCUUUCCUGAACGCGCCCGGGCACGAAGUCGCCGUCGAGCAGGGAUUCUUCCGCGCAUCGGUCCCNGUCCCAGAGGUGGCCGCCCAAGAGGCCUACGAGGAAGACGAGGACCCCGCGUUCCUGCCGCCUGGGGUGGACCCCGCAGCGGGCUCCGUCCCUGGGCUCCGCCCCCACCCGCAGGGCCCCAAACCAGAUCCCUGGCCUGGGGCCCCCACCCCUAGUCCAAAGAGACGCUCUCCUCUCCGCUACUUCAACCUGGACGCCCACCUUCUGGAGCCCUUCCCCAACUCGCCACUCCAACCUCUACCUCCCUCUCCGAGUCCAGGUCCCCACGUGCGCCCCCAGCGCCCUCCGGGUCCCUCUCGCAAGGCCCGGAGAUGCCUGUUCCGGGAAUGAACUGCUCCCACAAUCCCUUGCCAUCCAGUGGGCACCUUAAGAGAGUCUUCUACCAGCCGCUGUGUGUACGUACAUUGCACAACCUGCAAGAAUCGCCAAGCAUGAAUCACGGACAGAUGCUCUUUUGAUGCAAGCUGCAUUGCAAUAUUGGAUCAAUGGCGAACCGAAACAUCUGAAAGGAAAUCACCUCAGCAACGAAAUGCUGCUGGAAAUACAGUGUACUUCCAGAAAUCCGAAAUGCUGCUUAGGUUGUUUUCUCUAUAAGGUUACGCUUAAGUAGCUCCAUUCUCCUAGUUUUGCACUUUUUUCUAAAAACCCAUCCUUUCCCCAGCACCCUACCACUGCACUUCUUCCUCCGAAAUUUGGGUAAUUACUAAAAAAAAUUUUUUUUUCUUAGAAAGUUUUGGCCCCAGUGUCCUUACUUGUUUAUGACAGCCUUGCCAUUUUGACUUUUUGGUGGCUGGAGAUGCUUUUGGGGAAUGUGACAAAUAGGUGUAUGUGGACAAAUGUUUGCUGGAUACAAAACAAACACA